AUGGCUCCGAAAGACGAGUCCGCCGAGCUGAAAGCAAAGGGCAACAAAUACUUUGCGAGCCAUGAAUGGCUGAAUGCUAUAGAUUCCUACACAAAAGCUAUAGAGAUGUACGACCAAGAUCCAUCCUAUUACUGCAAUAGAGCGCAGGCCAAUAUCAAACUCGAGCAGUAUGGCUAUGCCAUCACUGACGCAACCAAAGCCAUCGAGCUUGAUUCAGGCUACGCCAAAGCAUAUUAUCGGAGAGCAGUCGCCAACACCGCCAUCCUCAACUCCCGUGCCGCCGUCAAAGAUUUCAAAGCCGUCGUGAGAUUAGAGCCGAGCAAUAAAGAUGCGAAGCUCAAGCUUGCAGAAUGCGAAAAAAUGGUCAAGAGGGUGGAAUUCUUGAGGGCGAUCGAAGUUGGGGACCCACCAUCUGCAUUCGAGGGACUGGACAUAGAUUCUAUGGUCGUAGAUCCGAGUUACGAUGGAGCUAAGCUGGGGAAGGAAAUGACGCAAGAAUUCAUCGAUGACACGAUCUCGAGAUUCAAGAAUGGCAAGAAGUUGCACCGGAAGUACGUCUACCAAAUAAUAGCAGCGGUGAGGAAGAUCGUCUAUGAUGAACCGACAAUGGUGGAGAUGGAGGUGCACAAAGGACAUCAAUUAACCGUCUGCGGAGAUACCCAUGGUCAAUUCUUCGACUUGAUGGAGCUAUUCAGGCUCAACGGCUUUCCUACCGAAUCCCACUACUACCUCUUCAACGGCGACUUUGUCGAUCGAGGCUCUUGGUCCACGGAAAUCGCUCUCCUUCUCUACGCGUACAAAUGGUUACAUCCCAAGGCUUUCUUCCUAAAUCGUGGCAACCACGAGACGGACGACAUGAACAGGGUAUAUGGAUUCGAAGGCGAAUGCAAAGCCAAGUACUCAGAACGAGUGUUCAAAUUAUUCUCAGAGUCAUUUUCUGCUUUACCUCUUGCGACUCUGAUCGGCAAAAAGUUCUUCACACUACACGGUGGUCUGUUCUCUGAUGACAAGAUCUCACUUGACGACGUUCGGAAACUCAAUAGACAUCAGCAACGGCAACCUGGACAACAAGGCCUAAUGAUGGAGAUGCUUUGGACAGAUCCACAGCCCAUGCCUGGUCGGGGCCCUAGCAAGAGAGGCGUGGGCUUGCAAUUUGGUCCGGAUGUCACCAAGAGGUUUUGCGAGGCGAACGGUCUAGAAGCUGUCAUCCGAAGCCACGAGGUCCGAAUGGAAGGGUAUGAGGUGGAGCAUGAUGGACACUGCAUUACAGUCUUUUCAGCACCCAAGUACUGCGAUAGUACCGAGAACAAAGGAGCAUAUAUCAACAUUGGGCCGGAGCACAAGCUCGAAUUCCACAAAUUUGAUGCCGUUCCGCAUCCUGAUAUAAAGCCCAUGGCAUAUGCCCAAAGCUCACUUAUGUCCAUGAUGUAG